CUGCACUCAGUGACACCCAAGGACAUGUCAUGAUUUAUGCGUCACGCCAGUUUUCAAACCGGUGCGAACCAGAUCGGACCAGUAGGUUCCAAAGUCCAGAUCAACAAAGAUGGCGGAAGUUUGGGACGCAGUAGUGGUCGGUGCGGGGAUAGAGGGAUCCGCCACGGCGUUUCAACUGGCUAAGAACGGUUGUCAAACACUUCUCGUCGAACAGUUCCCCUUGCCACACAGUAGAGGGAGCUCCCACGGUGCCAGCCGCAUCAUCAGGAAGGCGUACGUCCAGCAGCACUAUGCACAGAUGAUGAAGGAAGCGUACCCAAUCUGGGAACAGGUGCAGCAGGAAACAGGCACACAGCUCUACAUGAAGACCGGUGGCCUGAUGGUGGCCCCGUCAUCAUCCCAGCAGCUGGACCAGACGGAGCGGAGCCUGGCAGGGGCGGGGAGUGAGUUUGAGAAACUCAUCAGCGACGACCUGAAGCUGAGGUUCCCAAACCUGAGCUUCCCUGCAGACUACCGAGCAAUCCUGGACCCUGAGGCAGGGGUGCUGAAGGCUGACAAGGCACUCAGGUGCUUCCAGGACCUGUUUGUGAAGUAUGGUGGAAGGAUACGUGAUGAGGAGAAGGUGGUGCGGAUCGACCCAGGUGAUGUGGUGACCGUCCACACGUCAAAGUCCACGUACAAGACACACAGACUACUCCUCCUACCAGGGCCCUGGGCUGGGAAACUGUUGGCCCCACUGGGGCUUCAGCCGCCCCUAGAGCCCGUGCGCAUCAGUGUACUGUACUGGCGAGAGAAGCAACCGGACACCUAUGCCCUAAAGAAGGGUUUCCCUGUGUUUGUAGACCACACCAUACCCCACAAGUAUGGUCUUCCCAGCUUAGAGUAUCCAGGAAUAUACAAGCUCUGCUUCCACUCUGGUCCAGUGAUUGAUCCAGACAACAGAGAUGGUGUGGCUGGUAGUCAUGGCAACCAGGCGAUUGUGAGGAUGAUGUGUGACUAUGUCAGGAAACACUUCCCUGGGUUAGAGAGUGUUCCAGCCAUUCAGGAGUCCUGCAUGUAUACUAACACCCCUGAUGAAGACUUCAUCCUGGAUCGCCAUCCACAGUACAGGAACAUCAUCAUAGGGGUUGGCUUCUCAGGCCAUGGCUUUAAGCUGGCACCAGUGGUGGGGAAGUUACUGUGUGAGCUGGCUAUGGACAAGCAGCCAUCUUACGACAUGACACCGUUCUCUCUCAGCAGGUUUCACAACACCGCAACUCCUCAAGCCAAACUCUGAACUAUAUUGUAUAAUGGGCAAAGUGCAUUUAUCAUUGUAUAUGUUACGUCAACUUCCUAACUAGUAAGUUUUGUGCACCUUUACUGUAAAUUAUUGAUAAAUCAACUCUUCUAGGAUUGGUGAAAAAUUAUGAAUAAACCCAUAACUGGAUGCAAAAAAAAGAAGAAAUCAGAGUGGGAAAAAUGUUCCAAAGGGUAUGUGGAGCAGUACUCUUUUACUGCGAUAAAUUCAAAUGAAGUGAAUUUUUUUUACAUAUAUUUGAUAUGUGUACGUAUCUUAGAUGUAUAUUUAUCCUCACUGACAAUAUCUGUGACAAAUGCCAAAUUCAGCCAGAUAAAUACUGUGUACAGUGUUGACUACCAACACAGAUGAAUUUUCAUGCUUAACAUUGUGUAAGAGUAACGUUAUCUGUUUUAUUGUAUCAAUAACUCAGGGAAUACAAACUCUUGAUUGGAACCAGGUUCCUGUGAUCACAAGUUUUCUUCAGUUUUUUUUUUUUACUUCUGUUCUCACCAAACAGCUUUCAAAGUCUUUCAGAAAGAAACCUUAUGUUGUAUAAUGUAUGCUCUAAUUUAAAACUAAGAAUUCUUUGAUUGGGCAAUAAUGAAGGCUCAAUAAGAUGUUUAUGAUGUUCUAUAGCCAUAGAACUGUUGAUUAGAAUGCAACAGAAAAGAGUCGUAUAUACAAACAGUAUUUGACAUUUUA